GUGUUGCGUAUACAAGCAUUCAUUCCGGAUAUGUCGCACAGCCCAUAUUUAACUUUCUUGUUUAUAUCCACAUGAUUGCUUUGGUUUGAUUUAAUUUUGUUUAAUGUCCUUUCAACAGCCAAAGGGUCAUUUCAGGAAAAGCCAUCGUGUAUGAGUGUAUGAGUCAUUGGCGGAGAACCACAAUGCGGGUGGAGGUUUAGUCACUCUACCAAAUCGACAAGAAAAUUUAGAUUGGCGCCAUCGCAUGCGUCAAUAUAUUCAGUGUUGCAUAAUUAUAAUCGUAGCGAGACAGCUUUGGUGUAGCCUAGGAAGGCUUUUUCCCGAUACAAGUGACGCCUUUCAAUUCUAUUCUCAGAAAACAAUAUGGCUUGGUCCAGCACUGAAAGUGUGUGUUCCAGUAAGACUGUGUACAUCCAGCUGAGCGUUCUGCUUUUGCUGAGUACCUCAAUAUAUAUGUUCCUGUAUUCAAGAAUCGAAGUGAAGGCGUUUACUAUAGAAAAAAUCAGCGAUAUCCAAAAAUCGUUGUAUAGAAAAGAAGGCAAGGUACAGAUUGGUCAGGGAAUACGCUCUCAUCCUGAUACUGAACAGGGCUACAAUAGAUCAGAAUUGCUUUUGACAUUGUUCACUUCCUGGACUACAAAAGCGGAGAAGUAUAUAUGCCAUAACAAUACAAUUCGAAAUUGGUUAGAAUUUAAACCGGUAAUACAGCCGAUCCUUUUCACCAACGAGACCUUGCUAAAAGAGGAAGCUGUCGAAAAAGGUUGGGAUGUACUCCCAAUUCGGAUGUCAGGAAGAGGGGUACCUAUUCUUAAGUAUAUGUAUAGAGAUGUAAUGGAGAAGUAUGUCUCUCCUUUCUAUGCGUAUUCCAAUGGAGACAUACUAUACUCUCAUACUCUGAUAGACACGUUAAAGGCUGUGAUGAACUCCUCUUACUUACUAAAUGACAAACCUAUUAUGAUCGUUGGUAGGAGAACAAAUGUACAGAAUGUGACGUCAGAGGAAGCCAUUUCGGGAAAAAUUGUAAACAAAACUGCAAAUAUUCGAGGGAAACUAUUUACCGUGUGGGGAGAGGACUAUUUCAUAACAUCGGCUAAUUACCCAUGGAUGAGUAUACCGGAAGUUAUUAUUGGCCGGAGGGCUUAUGAUAACUGGUUGGUUUUGAACGCGCGGAAACGAAACCAUGUUACCAUAGACGCUACCAUUACGCUGUUGGGCCUCCAUCAAACAACAAAGGCGGGCAACAGUGAAGGGUUCAAGGCCGACAACCCUGGGUACAACCACAACCUUCUAAGUCGCAUGUACCACCGACUUAACUACGACGUAGGAUGUACGUCCUGUAUAGAGUUCUACACACGUUACCAUGACAAUCUGAUAGAAAUUCUAAAACGAAAUAUUUCAAAAUCGUGUUUCCCCCUGUGAUAAUUAUUUUCAUGUUAAUGUAUAUGCUGAAAUGUUAAGUUCGAUAUUAGUUAGUAAUUUGAAUUUUCUCCUGACAUUAUUGAAGGAUAAACUCUUCUGGAGUUAUAAGUACAAUCUCGGUUUGAAAUACUUUUUAGGGUUCUUAUAAAAAUAACAAAUUAUGAUAAUUUAAAAUAACACGCAAAACAUGAAAAACGUAUCAAACAUUGACGCUUAAUGUUUUAGAACUGUUUUUUACAAGUAAAAGGUCUCCGACUACUAAAACAUUUACGAUAUGUUAUUACUUAGCUUUUGAGCUAAUAGCGUUAUGAUUUGAAGUUCAACUCUAGUGACAACUGUCUAGAUUCAUCGAUAUAUAAGAAUGUACCUGACAAAGGCUUCAAAGGCAUUUUUUACAUGUUUAAUAGCACAUUAAAGCACUGCAGAUGGGAACACCCCUUGAUAAUUGUCCCCACAUAAUCCACCAUUAUAUAUCAAAAUCGACUAAAACUAUAAAAAAAAUCAAAGUUAAAUAUCUAGAUUGUAUUCAAUAGAAAAACCUGGCAACAUUUAUACAUUUAAAUUACUCAGAGACACUGAAUUUAACUGCAACAAAUGUUAAGUAGGGAUUACAAUCAUAUGAAACACUUGAUGAUCGGCUGAUUCAGGUGGCUCCACCCUUUCGCAAUUAGCCAGCAGAACUCAAUGAUAGUUUCACAUAAUGGUUAUGUCAAUACGAA